AUGAGCCAGAGGACCAUGGCUCCUGCUUGGCUUGAUUCUCUUUCGGAGGAUUGGCCCUCCCAAGCUGGGUCUGAGGCUUCCCCGUCUGCCCAGCUUCCACCUUUAAAACCGAGCGAACAUAACAAGACCCCCAACGGCAAGGGAGCCGGGAGUCGCAUACCACUCCCUGUCAGUAGGAUACGACCGUCGAGUGCCGGAGCCAGCGAAAAAAGCGUCGGAGUACUGAGCGAAAGAAGCACGAACGAUGUCAACAUUCCACUCUCCUCCCAGCGAAGGCCCUCCAUCAAAGUAUCCAGAGAAUUUAAUGCUACCGAGCCUUCGAGGCAACCCAGCCGCGCAUUUUCAGCAUCGACGAACGGCUCCGUCAUCCACAACACAGUGGAACAAAGAUCGUUGAGGUCCUCGCCAUUGAGAGGAACCGGUAACACCCCAGAAUGGAAGCGGAGGCUGGUGUAUGGAGAUGUCGCAUACGGCGAACAAAGAGAUCUUUUUUGCUCUGCUGCCGCAGGCCUUGAAAACAUGUUCAAGCCCCCUACACCCAUGGAUACCAGCCUGGCGGAGGAGAGCCCGCGGCAUGACACGACAUUCCCUUCCAGUCCUCCGUUCUUCCGCCGUGCAGAUGUGGACGCAGUCGACGACGAGGACGAUUCUGACGGAAGAAGCCAGAUGGACCCAAGCCCGAGCCCGAGCCCCAGGAUCCGACCACCUAAAGUUACCUACAAAACAACAGAGGAAUCCGCCGAUCAGAGCAAACUUAGCGACUAUAGCAUACAUCGUGACAGUAACCCCCAGGAGCCGAGUGUGAAGGAAAGUUUCCCUACGGCAGAAACAUCAUUUUCUGGUCUCGCGCCCCCGAACGAUGCAUCGCGCAAGACUAGUGGGCACAGUGUUAUUCGGAAUGAGGAUUUUAGCCCCAUCGUCCUUACCCUCAUGCGCUCUAAGGCCGAAGAAGAAGGUUUCGCUCCUGCGGAACUUCCCCUCGAUCAACUACGUAAUCGCCUCGAAAAGCUUCGCAUUGACCAGAUGCUUCUUAAUUCCCAAGGAGAGCUUCAAUUCGAUGCUGACGCUACGAUAGACGAGGCUGAAAACAACAAAAUCGAUACGACCGAUGAUUACGCACGCCAGGGAGGCUUCCUUAACCUGCAGCGUGGUGGCAGAUCUGGCGAUGGCUCCUUUAGGCACCGAGGCCUGAGCCCUGGCAUGGGUGUUGAUACCUCUGAAAUGCUUCCCGAAGAGUCUCUGCAGGCUAGCACUCCCAAGCAAUUUCCCAGCGUUAGAGCUUACUCACCAGGCUACGGAUCGAUGCGAUACGGAUCACGGAGUCCUCCCGCGCCUCGAGUACCUCAUCCCAGCCCAGAGAAGCGAGAUGCAACAAAAACCAACAGCACAUCGAGCCCGUUGAAGCUAUUUGGUCCGUACGAUACAUUUACGAACCAGACUCUUCUUCGCCGUAUUAGCCAGUUUGAGGAUCAGAUGUCUGGCUCGUCCCGUCAGUCAUUGAGCGGUGCACUAUCUGGCGAUGUUUCCCGCCUGACAGAAAAACAACGGCCCCAUACUGCUCCUGUGGGCUAUCUCUCAGUCCCAACACAGCAGACUGCCACGAGCUCACGAUCUGUGAGCCAGUUUGGCGAAGGAGAUUUGGAGGGCUAUCAGUUCAACCAGGAAAUUCCCAUUCGGCGCGCCGAGGAGGAAUCACUUUUUUAUGACGGCGAAGGUGAAUUUGAGGGAGUUUCUGGUUUUGAAGAAUCCGUUUUACGAUUUACAAAUUUGGCUGGUUCACCAAGUCAAGACGAAGAAGCAUCAAUGUUUGUUCCCAGGAAGCGAGCGAAAUCGGCUACCACAACAGCAUCGUCUUCAAAACACACGAGAACCUUCUCAUCGGCCAGUGACGGGAGUGUGCAGAGGGCCAAUGUGCAUUUCCCAAUCGACGACUCUCUUUUGCUUGGCACUCCUCAGAGACGUGAUACCGGCUCCGAAGGGAAGAGGCCGCGAACAUCACCGUCAAAAGACCCAACUCCGAAGCGAAGGAGAACACUGCACAAGUCCGAUAUUGCAUACGGACGAGAGGAACGUUACAACGCUUUGGAACCUGUUCAAGAAUCUCACAACUUGAUGCAGAGCAUGAUGGGGAAAAAGCGCAAGGAUGCCCGCCCAGGUAGCUUGCAGCAGAAAGCCCAUCCCAGCGUCCUGGCAUCGCGCCACAUCCUUCGACCGCGCACGCCGACGCCGAGCUCAAGGUCGUCCCUACAGCAACACGACUACUCGUAUGACGACUAUGUGCUCGAAGAUCAGGCGCAGCGACGGUCUGCCACCCGUGCUUCUCAUCUCACUGGGAGCGGCAAUGAACGUAGUGCAACCAUCGACACGGAUCGGAAGCCAUCUAUCAGAACUCAGGACUUCUUGGACGAAGCUGGUAAGAUCAUGGCCAUGAUUCGCAAUGGAGUCAAGGCCCCCAGUGGUCUCACGAGCGUGGAGGAAUCUGAUGAAGAGUUCGGUGAGCCAAGCCCAGUUUUUGACGAAGACUCGUAUGAGGAGUCGACAAGAGAACGACUCUCACGGCCACCGAGUCGUGAAGGCAAGCCGGUGCAGAGGGCGCCACAGCGACAAGAGAACCCGGAAAUUCUCGACUACCUGAAGAAAUACCAAGAACUCAGCGAUAUGGGGGACGUCAUUUCGUCGUCGCUCAGAUCUAUGGACCAGGCACAAGACGCGAUCCGCGCAGCUCAAGAAGUCGAGCGGCAGCUUGAGGAGAGGAGCCGUAACCGGGCCAACACCGAAGAGCUCCAGUAUCUGGGUGGUGAUGAGACCAUUAGCGAUCCUCCCAAUAUUCGCAUCAGCGCGAACCCCAACAAGCAGCGGGGCGAUUCGCUUGACGCGGAUGAGUUUCCCACCCAUUCAUCUGGUGCAUCUACCAACCGCACCAUCCACACGGGAUCUUCCCACAACUCUGAGUCAAGGAAAACAAUCGCUCCUCAGAGCGUGUCUCAUCUGAUUCCUGAUCAAGUGGGCAGUAUGUAUCUGGACCGCCAGCAAAAUAUUUGGAUCAAGCGCAGGGGCGGGAGCAUAAGGCCUAGAAGUUCUCAUCACACCCACUCCCAUAUUCUUCCGUCCGAAGACAGUGAAGAUGAUCCUUUCGCUAGCAUCCCCGAUCUUUCAGUGGACAUGACCAAAGAAAUGCAAAACUUACGACUCAUGACGGCUCAAAAGGAGGCUGAGGCAAAGGAAGAGGAUUGGACACGAUCGCCAUCAGGAUCCAUAGGUACGCCGAGAAGUGUAUCAGGCAAGGGCUUUGUAACUCUGUCACCUGACGCAGCCCUGCCAAAGGACAUAGCAAAGCAAGCUAGGAAAGAAUUUACAAAGCUUGGGAGAAGGGCAUCAGAUGGGGAUAUCGAGCAUGAGAUUCAGCUGGAUGAAGACCGCGUUACGGAUUCCUCGCCGUCCCGCAGGCGGAUGACGAUUUCCUUCUCCUCGCCAAUCGCCUCCAUCAUUCAAGAUGUUGCCGCAGAAGAUAUCGACAGCCUUGAAGAUGACGAGGGCAGCAUCAUUGAUUCUCAUUUCAUUCUCGAGGAAUCAAAGCGUAGCAAAUACCAAAGCCUGACCAAAGCGGCACGACGGAAUCUCCUGCAGCAACGCCCACGAACGGCACCCGCACGCGGGCCUUCUAGACAAUUCUCCCUUCGUGGCCAGUCUUUCGUGCCUCGCCCUGUGUCCCGUAUCGAUGAGCGGGACGAAGAUGGUGUGGUUGACAACGCUGAGGAGCUGCAAGUCAGCAUCAUUGGCGAGAACAGCGCUCUAAGCCAUGUCUCCCACGACAACCAGGAAAAGAGUGUCAGUUUCAUCAUCAAGACGCCUGGCAAGACCAGAAUGGGCGGCCUCUUUCCAGAUGCGGGUGCCUUCAUCAGCCACCACGUCGGCAACCUGUCCCUCAGCCCAAUGUCGGAUUUUACGCUUAACAACCACGAAAAGUCCUUUGGUUUUGAGGUCAGUUACAUGGUAGACGACCAGCGACUUAUUACUGGCGAUGGCUCCAAGAAGGUCAUGUCCAUGACAGUUCGCGAUCUUGUCGACCGCCUGACCGAAAUCGAGCCUUUUGAGCCUUACUGGGAGGACUUUACGCAACUCGACAUAAGUGAAAAGCGGCUGUCAAGCCUCCACAUGUUGGACGAGUUCUGUGGUCGCUUGACGAGCCUCGAUGCAUCUAACAACUCCCUUGGACACCUUGACGGAGUGCCUACUUCGGUCAGGCAGCUCAAGAUCACUCACAACAUGCUGAAUGAGUUGACGUCGUGGGAACGCCUUACCAACCUGCAAUACGUUGACAUCUCCAACAAUGAUAUCACAAGCUUGUCGGCACUGAAGAACCUCGUUCACCUUCGAAGCUUGAAGGCCGAUAACAACAAGCUGACGUCUCUUGACGGCUUGAACAUGCACGAUGGACUGCUUACUCUGCGAGCGCGCAAUAACCUCAUCGAGGUGGCCGACUUCGACGGUACGAAGCUGCAUCGACUUACCGAGCUGGAUCUUGCCGGCAACAAAAUCGAAGAAAUCUUGAACGUUGGGCAGCUCUCAUCUCUUGAGGUUCUUCGACUCCAGCGCAACAAUCUCGAGACAUUCACUGCCGAAGAUGCUCAGGGCCUUGACGGUCUGCGGUACCUGGAUCUGAGCGACAAUGAUAUUGUGGAACUUGAUAUCAGCCGUCUGCCGGCUGUGCGUCUGCUCCACGCCGACAGAAACCGCAUUACCAAUAUCACCGGUUUCACCAAGGCUCGCCAUCUCGACAGCCUGUCUCUGAGAGAACAACGUGGCGAGGACCACUUGGACCUCUCCUUCCUUUCUUCGGCAUACGAGAUUCGGAAGCUGUUCCUUUCUGGAAACUACAUUGGGGCCUUCGAACCCAAGGUGGACUUCCUUAAUCUGCAACUCCUCGAGUUAGCCAACUGUGGGCUUCACCGUCUGUCAGAGGGACUCGGGCAAUUGAUGCCAAACCUGCGAUCGCUGAACCUCAACUUCAACGCCAUCGCAGACCUUUCACCUAUUCGAUUCAUUCCACGGCUCAAGAAGCUUCUUGUAGCCGGUAACCGUUUGGCGGAUUCGACGACAGUUACAGAACUCCUGACCGACUUCCCGCACCUGACGCAAUUGGAUUUGCGGGACAAUCCAAUCACUCAGGGCUUCUAUCCGCCAGUGCAGGUUAUGAUUUCAGCGGAUCAGGACGGUUCCCCUGAUCCUUUCACUCUCCCGGAGGCCGAUCCUCAGAGGGACGACUUAUUUGCCAAACGACUAGACGAGGCAACACGUCUCCGGCGGCGGCUGUACCAGGUUAUUUUCGUGGGUUGCUGCAAGAAAUUGAAACUUCUCGACGGGCUGCCCGUCAAGCGGCAGCUCAUGCUUGCUCGCGACCCGGCAUUUCAGACGUUGGUGGAGGAAGGUCUUCUGCCUAAUGCCAGCGACAACGCCAGCGUUCCAUCUUCGGCCCCAGCAAAGUCUCCAGGGAAGACACCGUCUAGGAGUUUACCUAAAUCUCCAACGAAGACUCCGGCCAAGAGUCCUGCCAAAUCUUCAGCUAGGUCAGCGGCCAAGGCUUCGGUGAGAGCUUCGCCCAUCAUCAAAAUUACGGCCCCAGACGCGGCUCCAGCGACGUCUCCGGCUGUCCAGAGCCCGGCUAGCAGUCGUUGGAACGCGGAGGACAGCUUCGCUUGA